GAAUUCCAUUUCUCUUAAUCACCUGCAACCUUUUUUUGACAUCAAGACUACUAGAUUUUCUUAAGAAGUUUUCAAUCAAUACUUUCCCUUUCCUACACUCUUUUACUUUUUCUCUCAAGUAUCAAUUGGGGAUCAGGUUACCAUAAAAUCACACAUCAUAUUCACCAUGGCUCCAUCAGCAAUCUCACAAACUCCUCCUAAAGAUGUUCAGCAAUCCGAUGAACUCUUGGCUGCCGCCGUCACCAAAAAGAUUGCAACCACAGAAUUUGGUACUCUUCCUCAUCUAGAUGCAUCUUUACUCAAGGUCACUAAAACCACCACUCCUAUGAAUGUUCCUGCAGCAGGCGACCCAAUCAUCAAUACUGCCUCUCAAUGUACCGACCACAUGGUCACAGCCGUGUGGAACAACAUGACGGGAUGGGGUGUACCAGAGUUGAAACCAUAUGGAAAUCUUUCUUUGGCUCCCACGGCUUCUGUUUUACAUUAUGCAACUGAAUGUUUCGAGGGCAUGAAAAUGUACCGUGGAUUCGACGGAAAACUCAGAUUGUUCAGACCGGAUUGCAACUGUCAGCGAAUGCUCACUUCCGCUACCCGUAUUUCGCUGCCAGGAUUCGAUCCCAAGGAGUUGGAGAAACUCAUCGUUGCUUUGGUUUCUGUGGACGGUCCUAAAUGGCUCCCAGAACCUGGUACUUUCCUCUACUUGCGACCCACCAUGAUUGGUAGCGCUGGAGCACUUGGUGUUGCUGCCCCUAAGGAAUGCACAAUGUUCAUCAUCUCCACCUUCAUGCCUUCAAUGGAUUCGCCCAAGGGAAUGAAGCUCCUUGCCAGUCAAGAAGGUGUUCGUGCCUGGCCUGGUGGAUUCGGUUUCGCAAAGGUAGGAGCCAACUAUGGACCUACUUUGAUGGCGAACUCGGAAGCUCGUGCCCGUGGCUAUGAUCAAGUUUUGUGGUUGCUCGAUGGAAUGGUUACCGAGGCUGGAGCCAGCAACUUUAUGGUUGUGUGGGAAACUAAGGAGGGUAAGAAGCAGUUGAUUACUGCUCCUUUGAAGGACAAAAUUAUUUUGGAUGGUGUUACCAGAAGAAGUGUUUUGCAACUCAUCCGAGAACGUAUCCCCGAGCUUGAAAUCGUGGAGCGCAACUUCACCAUGGAUGAGCUUGCCGAGACCGCCAAAGAAGGCCGUGUCAUAGAGGCUUUCGCUUGUGGAACUGCAUACUUCGUCGUUCCCGUUGCACAAAUCAACUACAGAGAGAAGGAUAUCGAUAUCCCCAUGGUCAAGGGCAACAGCGGAGAAUACGCUGCAAAGGUCAAGCAAUGGUUGGUCGACAUCAUGUACGGAAACGUAGAGCACGAAUGGGGUGUUGUCAUUGAUGAAGUUGGUGCAUGAAUCAUCCCCAUUCCAUUGAUUGGAUUCGGGUAAUUCGGUACUCUGGAUCGUUCUGGCUAUGGGAUUCGCUUGUACAGUGGAGAUUGAUUCUCCAACCAGCCAGAUCGUCUUCUUUUCUUGUUUCGUCUCUCGCAUUUGCACUUUUGGACGGCGGGAGGAAAAAAAUUGAUUGGCUACUUUAUGGCGCAGCCUGGUUUGCUUUUGCUUUUCUUUGGGGCUUGGUUCAGCGACAUAGAGAUAUCUGUUUGCAUAGAGAGAGUCGCAUCAGCGUUGAUGACUGGCUUUUUGUGUAUUUUUUGAUAGAAUAGAGAAUAUCACAGCAAUGAUUUAUGAAA